CACAAGCUACUGCUGCUUGUUUAGCUUUUUCUAGCGUCUCUAUACUUUUAUUUUGCCAAUUGUUUCUAGUACGGCUCCUAGUCAUAGCACCACUCCGCUAAAUAUUCACCAAACAUGAGUCUCUUCUUCCCCUCGCCGGCGACGUUGUUCGCAAAGAUGGGUCCGACCAAAGGCCGCGGACCGCUGAUCAGCAAGCGCGCCCCGCAUUUCCGCAAGGGCUUUGGGUCCAUUGGUUUGGGAAGGCACACGAAAAAGGCGUUUUUUCAUGUGAAUCCGCAACUAGUGCCCAUGUUCAAAGUGCCCGAUCUGACCGGGUUCAAGUUGAAACCCUACGUGUCCAGGAGAACGCCGGUCGUAAACAAUGCCUGCGAAUACUGGCGAACUGGACAUUUCAUUCCAUGAAACAAAGAAAGUGCAGAAGCGGAGCAGGUGUACAUUGUCGUCCAGCACGCCGCAACUUACUGCCAUCGAUAAAAACCGUCAAUGGAAGCUGUGUCUUGACGUUCACGAUGACGGCAUUGUUAGUAGUCAAGUUGAAGAAGAGCGGUCUAACAACUGCUCUCGCUGUGUCCUCGGCGACACAAAAAUCGAUCCAGGAGUAAAAAUAUCUGUCGAAGGAGAUCCUGCGCAAAGCCUCAGAACGACAUACGAAUGCUCAGAAGCAGGACAUAAUCAGAUCGCACACCGUGAAACAAAGGAUCUUGAUACAAUGCAC